AUGGAGCUCACGAGCACGUCGCCAGAGAGCGCCAUGACCGCCAAAGAGUCUGACAACAUCCUCCUCCGUACCUCGUCGUCGAUGUCGGACAGCAAUGAAAGCAGCAAGGAUAGUCAAGAUAUCCUCACCAAGUCAAAGGCCGCUACUCCCACCUUCAUGGGCCUCCCUACGGAACUGCGCCAGCGCAUCCUCUACCUAGUCCUCAGCACGCUUGCGCCCAUGAGCCCAGACAAUGGCUCCUACGUCGCCCAACUUGAAUCCUCCCGCAGCACUCGCAUCAGGCAGAUCCGCCACUUCACCCCGACCGCACGCGAAGAUUCCAGCAUCGAACGUCUCCUGCAGGCCAGACCACGCCGCCGAUUCUUCACCCGGAACGAGGUGGCGUCGUACCUGCACAUGCAGAACCUCUACCUGAUCAACCGCACCGUGCGCUUCGAGAUGCGCUUCGUCGAGCAGGCCUGGCUGGAGCAGUACAAGCCGCGGGGCGCGGCGCCGCUGUCGUUGGGCGCCUUCGCGGCGUGGGCGGCCGCGCCGACGCCAGUCAACGGCAUCCUCACCCUCUCGCUCUUCGACAGGAACUUCAUCGCGCACCCGCCGCCCGAGUGGGAGCCCGUCGUGCGCAGCAUCGCCGCGGACCGCUGGGCGUAUGGCGACGUCGGCACCCACUGGCGCAGCAACGAGUACUUGCGCGCGUGGCGCGAGGUCAUCAAGAUGCUUCCGCAGCUGGAGGGCGGCGACAGGGAGGCGACGGUGGCGCGGAGGUACGGCAUCGAGGCGGUUGAGGUGGUCGGCGUGAUGCGCUGCGUGCUGACGCCGAGGAACUACCUCAUGGAGGGAAUGGGUCUGGUGCACAAUACGGAAAUUGCCUGGCUGGAGAUCAUGCUGAUGAUGCGGUGGGGCUUGAAGCAGGGGAGGGUGAGGGUGAUGACUUGA